CACUCCACUCCACUCCACUCCCCCACCCGCUCGCACGCCAUGCCGCCCCCGUCCCUCCUCUCCCUCCUCCCCGCCGCCUCCGUCUCCCCGCGAAGCCGCCGAGCGGCGCGGCGGAGACCCCCCACCGCGAGCCGCCUCCCCGUCCGCGGAGCACGAGCUGCGUCGCCGCUCCACGCCUCCUCCUCCUCCUCCUCCGGUGGCGGCGAAGGCGGAGGAGGUGAUGAACUGCACCUCCUCGAGAAGCCGUUCCCUUCCCCAUCCCCCGCCGAUGAGGAUGAGUCUGAGUCGACCGAGGCCGCUCCGGCACUGUCCACGGAGGAGGCGCUCGCGCCGUUCCUCAAGUUCUUCCAGGGGAAGAGCACCGAGCCCGACGAGGACGACGCGGCGGCGGGAGGCGGCGGCGGCGGCGGCGGAGGCUAUGUGGAGGAAGACGAGGAGGACAAGGGGGAGGGGAGUGCCGGAGCUGGUGCGGGUGGGCGUGGGGUCGUGUAUUACGACCCCAAGCCCGGGGACCUCGCGGUCGGCGUCGUGGUCGGCGGCGACGGGAGGACGCUCGACAUCGACGUCGGCGCCGGUGGCGAGCCGGCGCUGAUGCUGGCCAAGGAGGCGGUGCCUAUGACCGGGGAGGAGUUUGAGUACCUGGCAUGCGACGUGGCGUCGAAGGAUGCAGCCCAGUUCGCCGCGGAAGGGAAGGUGGGAGUCGUGGUCAGCGGCGGGGAGGGGCAAGGAGAGGCGACGGGCGGGAGGAACGGAAAGGGGAGAGGGAGAGGUUCGCCGGCUUUGGGCGUCGGCACGGUGGUGUUCACCGAGGUCCUCGGUCGAACACUUGGCGGGCGGCCGCUGCUGUCCGCGCGCCGGCUGUUCCGGCGCGUCGCGUGGCACAGAGUGAGGCAGAUAAAGCAGUUAAAUGUGCCUAUCAAGGUUAAAAUUUUUGAGUGGAAUGCCGGAGGCCUGCUGACAAGAAUUGAGGGGCUUCGGGCAUUCCUCCCUAAACCUGAAAUGAUGACUAGACCAAGAAACUUCACGGAUCUAAAGAAUACUGUUGGUCAACAGAUCCAUGUCUGCAUCACAAGGAUUGAUGAAAAAGCUAACGAAUUGAUAAUUAGUGAAAAAGAAGCAUGGGCAAUGACAUACCUUAGGGAAGGAACUCUUUUGCAAGGGACAGUCCGCAAAUUGUUUCCAUACGGUGCACAAAUUACGAUUGGCGACACUAACAGAGGUGGAUUGCUACAUGUCUCAAAUAUAACACGGGGGCAGCUAACAUCCGUUGGUGAUGUGCUAAAAGUGGGUGAGGAAGUGAAAGCUAUCGUGAUUAAAUCAACAGCCCCGGGCAGAAUUGCUCUCAGUACCAAGGACCUUGAGAGCGAACCUGGACUGUUUCUCUCUAACAAGGAGAAGGUGUUCUCCGAGGCUGAAGAGAUGGCGCAAAGAUACCGGGACCAAAUUUCAGAGAAGCAUCAACCAGCUGAGUUAGACUCCUCGUUCGACGAGGUUGCUCCCUUUGACGACGAGGCAGUGUCUUAUGCGAACUGGAAGUGGUUAAGAUUCAGCAAAUCUGACAAAACAAACUUUAACCCUCGUGCUGAAUCGGGUUUGUAAUUUGUAAUACAGAGGGAACCUCAAUUUCUUUUGUUUCUCAAGUCCAUAGUUAACUGCAAAUGUGCGUGAUUUAUUGGAAGAAAUGUGAUUGUUACCGGCCUUUAAUUAUGCCAUUCCAUUGUUUC